GGCAGUCGGGCAACUGCACUGACUUUAAUCUAGAUCUUUUUAUUUGAGGAGUCAAAAGACCGUUUGCAGGAACAGGACGAUUCUUUUUAAGACAUUUCAAUUGUCUGCGGUGACGAAAUGAGAGUGAGUGAAGUCCAUGCCGCAGAGUCUGUUGCCUACCUGAACAGAGCCCUGGUCAGGUUGCAGGAUAUUUGGGAAGAGAUAGGGAUUCCUGAAGAGCAGCGCCUACAAAGAACCAAUGAUGUUCACAAGCACAUUAAAGGUUUGCUGGACCUCAUGAUUGCAGAAGAAGAGGAGCUCAAGAAGCGAGUACUGAAAAGUAUAGAGUCUUGUCGCAAGGAACUCAGUAUUUUGUAUAGUGAGCUUCAGAUGCCCCCUUUUGAGGAGGAGGAUGGCUGCAGCAUGUUGCAGAUGGAGAAGAACUGCCGCACACAUCUGGAGGUGAUGAAGGAGCACAAAAAGCAAAGAAUGGAAGAGCUUAAAGGUCUCGUUGUCAAAGACCGAGAGCUGUGUGAUGUUAUGUGCACUACCCCCUUUUGCAUCAACCAGGACUCUGUUCCAUCAUUGACACAGCUAGAGAGCUAUCGGGCCUACCUUGAUGAUCUCACCAAAGAGAAGGAGCAUCGCCGCAAGGAAUUUGUGAGCAUCAAAAAGGAGAUCAUUGUAUGCAUGGAUGAUCUGGAGAAGCAGCCAGAGACCAGUUUUGAGACGGAUGUGAUUUGUGAGGAUGAAGAGGCAUUUUGCCUGUCGAAUGACAACAUUGCUGCUCUCAAACUCCUCCUCGGUCAAUUGAAAAACUGCAAGGCUGAGAAUGAGCUCCUUUGUUCAGAUUACCGCACUAAGAUCCAGGAGCUCUGGGAACGGCUUCAGAUUCCUCAAGAGGACAGGGAAAUUUUCUCAGAGCAUAUGAUCAACACAAAGAAAAGAAACAUUGAAGCGCUCCAGGCCGAGGUCCAGCGUCUAGAGGUGCUGAAAAUGCAGAGCAUGCAAAGUGUCAUUGAGGCCAUCCGAGCAGAGAUUGCCCUCCUAUGGAAGAAAUGUUUCUACAGCCCCGAACAGCAACAAGCUUUUGCGCCAUAUCAUGAUGAUGAUUUCACAGAAGAGCUCCUCAAUCUACAUGAGGCUGAGAUCACGACCUUGAAGAAGUAUUAUGAGGAUCACAAAGAUCUCUUUGAGGGAGUCAUUAAAUGGCAGGACAACUGGACGUUGUACUUGGAGCUUGACAAAAAGGCUAAUGACCCUUCAAGAUUCAACAACAGGGGUGGGAACCUUCUGAAAGAAGAGAAGCAGAGAACUGACCUGCAGAAAAGUUUGCCUAAGUUGGAAAAGAGUCUGAAAGCCCAAAUCGACGCUUGGGAGCAGGAGCAUGGCAAAGAUUUUCUGGUGAAUGAACAGAAAUUCCUCGAUUAUGUGCAGCAGCAGUGGGAUCAACACCACAAUGAAAAGGAGAAGGAGAAGCUUGAAAGGCAAAUGAAGAAAACUAAGCAGAUACAAGAGGAAAUGCUGUAUGGAACGAUGGUGAGAACCCCAUCUAAAAGGCGGAUAGGAGGGACUCCCACACCUGGAAAAAUGAAAAAGCUCAACGGCACCUCGACUUUCUCCACUCCAACCAGCUUUCUGAGUUCAGGCCUCAGUGGGACCAUGUGCCUGUCGUCCACCCAGAAACCACCGUUGUCUGCUAGCAAGGGUCUUGGCCUGCGAACCCCUGGACAUGGAAAGGCACCCCGUGCACUAGAGCGAAACAAGGAAAAUAUCUCCCACCUUAAUAGAAACACUCCAAGUGGCACACCACUAAGGUCUCAGGAUACUCAAGAUCACACCUUCACCUUUAACUCUAUUGCUGGCUCCUAUUCGGAAUUUGCGGUAAAUGGGGUUUUUACAUCUGUUUAGUCAACUCAGUAGUAAAGAUUAUUGUAAGACUAAACAUUUGGCUCACAGUUUAAGUUUACGACCAAAUGUACAACUUGUUUAAUUUCUUGCUUUGUGGGUGUACAUGUAUUUUAUAAUGCAGAUGUAAUUCCCACAUUAUGCAGUUGUGAUACAAAAAUCAUGUAUAACAUGAUGACAAGACUUUAAAAAACAAAGCUUUCGGCCAUCUUUUAAUGUUUGAAUACAUGUAUUCCAAAUUUCGUCAUUCAGUCAGCAGUAAUUAAUAUAUAGAAAAUGUUGACUAUUUGUAUUGAGAUUUACACAAAACACCACCUUUUACAUAUAAGUAUACGUAUAGUGUUUGACACAUCCACUGGGAGAGCGGGCAGGGGGAUUGCGUCAGAAGGGGCAGCCAACAUUCAAUCAAAGUUACUGAUUCAUCCACUGAGGCAACCCCCUGUUAAUAAAGGGACAGCCAAAAGAAUCUGUCUACAAUGAAUGUAUAAAUUAAAAUAGUCAAAGUACACAUGGUCUUAUGAAAAAAAUCUUGAAAUGGCUACGGCCCUGUGCUAUAAAUAAUAAAUCAAAAAAAAUUCCUGUCAUGCCGAAGUCUCAAUGACUUAUUUGUCUGAGCCGCAGCUAAAACUUUCCACCACAUGACUCAAAUCUGGUCAUCAUGAGGUUAAAGGUUUCCAAAGUGAAUACAUCUACUUAAUUUGUCAUGUGAGAAAACCAUGU